GGAUGGUUUCGACUGUGCCCUUUGGUGUCACAUGCUCUCAUUCUGUGCUGACCUGCAUUAUUCAUUCUGGAAAACGCAGGAUACAUGAAUUCAAGAAGCACUUGUGACCUUAAAGGAAGCCAAGGUGUGUACAGGGAGUGCGUACAGGGAGUCCUGGUAGCUGAGGAGGUGUCUGCAUGAACAGGAAUGAUCUGCGCUGACUCAGACUGUGUCCAAAUUCUUCUAGUCACUUUUAGCUGUACAACCUUUAGAAAAUCAAGUAUUUUAACACUCGUUUCCUCAACUAAAAAUGGGGUUCUAAUCAUCUAAUGCAGUCAUUCUGAAGUUUUAAGGGGCUUAUGAUGGGUCACACAGCUCCCAGCACAGAGACUGGCAACGAUGCACAGACAUUUACUUGCCUUCCAUCGGGGACUGAUUGUCUUUUCAUCCGUUGGACGUCAGCCGUAAUAUUAGCACAUCUUUAACUUAAGUUCAAAAGAACAUGCCCCAGGACCAAACGUUUUGGAGAGAGAAAGAUUGUCCUGCCUAAGAAUUCAAAUGAGAAUGGCCAGCAUUCCAGCAGAACCACAACUUCUUGGGAACAAUCUAAGGCCUACUCAAGGGCAGAUUCAAACAACCAAUUGGUUCUAAGGGGAAGAGGAGGUGGGAGACAGAGAAAUGAAGAAGAGAAAAGAGAAAGCAGAAUUAGUUGAAUUCCUUAGAGGAGAGAGAAAAACAAUCACUCUGUUACUGUUCACCUCCCGGACCCCUGUAACCCUGUUUUACACAUCCAAUGAAACCAUUAACCUGUGGAGACACAGGUCUCUCCGGCAAAAUAAAUCAUUUCUACGACUUCAUUUAGACUUCAAUAGUCUUCCAAAGUGAUCAACUUUUCUAAUUGACCUAAAAAAUCAGAAUCUGCCUUUGAUCAUAUUGUUUUUAGUGUAACCUCUCUCUCUUCUCCAUCAGGGCCCAUUUCUCUCUCCAACUCUUCUUUUCCCUAAAUUAAGAAAGGAAAGCCUCUGCCAGAGGAGAUACUCCCGGAAAUAGCCCUCCAGAUAGACUCUUCUGAAUAAGAAAUCAAGGAGGGAUAUCAAAAUUAACUAAGAGCAUAAUCAUCUUGUCUUUGGAUCUGCUACAUUUUCUAACUUGCUGGUUUAGAGGAUGUCCCAGUUUCUUUUAGGACUUGGCUUUUGAAUUGGAGCACGCUGAAUUUUCCAGAUUGAGUGAUGAGGGGUAUCAUGUGUUUAUCUCCUUGUUCCUACUGAGAUCACAGGAAACACACGGAAGAGGAAAAAGAAAUUGGGGUCCAUUCUGGCAACAGACCCAGCAAGCGGUUGCGAAGGAACUAGGGCUGUGAAAGCGAAACCUUCAUUGCAUGUGCCACAGUCAAGAAAGAAGUCUGCUUUCCUUUCAGUACAUAUUUAACUUUCCUUAAUAAAUCUAAAUUCUAGAAAGCCACAGUAGAUUCCAGGAAGGGCUAAGGUAAAUCUUUCUGAGUGUUUCUUUGCCAGAUCUAAUGCUAGUAAUCUCAGACUGAGUAGUCUGGAAGGUCUUUGGAGUCAGAUGGGAUUUUCAACACUGGAAGCUUUGGGCCAACAGGGAGAGUCAGUCUCGAGACCAGCCUGUUCUCAUGAGUCCUUCAGAUUGCAGAUUACCGGUGGACAGGGUUACCUGCGUUCCCAACAUUCUGCUUUAGAUGGGGUUUACUGGUCCGUAACAGCAACCCUGGCAUUGGCCUCCUGGCAAUGGGAGACAGAGCAUCAUGGACAGAGUCACAGAAGCCGCCUGGCUGGAGCCGCCGCCAUGACCAGCCAGUCUCAAGGGAUCCACCAGCUCCUCCAGGCAGAGAAAAGGGCCAAGGACAAGCUCGAGGAGGCUAAGAAGAGAAAAGCCAAGCGUUUGCGUCAAGCCAAGGAGGAAGCAAUGGCAGAAACUGACCAGUACAGAAUGCAGAGAGAUCAGGAAUUUCGACAGAAACACGCUAAGAUAAUGGGCUCUCAGAGUAAUAUCUCGGAAGAAAUAGAAGCGCAAACGCUAGAGAAGAUAAAAGAACUGAAUGGAAGCUACAACAAGUCCAUGGAAAGUGUGAUCAACCAGCUUUUGAGCAUCGUCUGUGACGUGAAACCAGAAAUCCACGCAAACUACAGAAUUGCCAACUAAAUGUGCACCCCAUUGUUCAAUAAACGGUGUCUGC